AUGUUCUCUCAGUUUGGGAAGAUAGUGGAUGUCGUGGCUCUGAAGACCUACCGGCUGCGCGGCCAGGCCUGGGUUGUGUUUGCUGACGUGGCGGCUGCGACCAACGCGCUGCGGCAGAUGCAGGGGUUCCCUUUCUUUGAGAAGCCCAUCCGCAUCGAGUACGCGCGCGGCAAGUCCGACGCCAUCGCGAAGCUGGAGGGCAGCUACCGGCCGGACAAGGACCGCAGCAAGAAGAACGCCGUGGCGCGGGAGACUCUCAAGUCGAAGAAGGCCCCCGGCGGCGCGCCAGGACCAGCAGCAGCACCCGGGGCGCGCCCCGCCGCCGCCGACGGCGCCGCGCCGCCCAACAAGAUCCUGUUUGUGCAGAACCUUCCAGAGGCCACCACCGACGCCAUGCUGGGCAUGCUGUUCCAGCAGUUCCCAGGGUUCAGGGAGGUCCGCCUGGUGGACGCGCGGCCCGGCAUCGCCUUUGUCGAGUUCGAGAACGAGCUGCAGUCAGGGGUGGCGCUCAGCGGGCUGCAGGGCUUCAAGGUCACGCCCACCAACGCGAUGGCCAUCACCUUUGCAAAGGGCUGA